CAACACUGAAGAAACAACCACGGACAGGUCACCACACCACCACCUUUCACGCCCUCGAGGGCCCCCCCAGGAUACCGGAUACUAACCAACAGGACAAACAUCUACGGGCCACGGAUUUGGCUGCCGCGUACCUGCGCGCGCGCCCAUUGCGACAGGAGUAACCACGCCGACAUACACCGCCUGGAGAAUUUCACGGGACUUCCUGGACUGCGGGAACAGGCACACAAGCGCUGCUUGGGAAGAAUUCGAGUUCACACGAAGAGAGCACGCGAGAUCUACGUGAGAUCUACUUUCAUAGCCGUGUAGAUCUUGAACUGGCAACAGCACCGAACACGGUUGUCGAGACCCUCGAAGCCACCGCCGCAAACAUGGCUUCGGACGUGGGCACAUCGUCGCCGGCGCCGCCGAAAGACUUCGGCAGCAAGGAUGACGAGCUAGAGUGGUACAGGACAAACUACGUGGCCAUGGCGGAGGAGUUGCGCGACUACCAGGAGACGAGCAGGGAGGUUGAACAGACCAUGGAGCAGGAGUUAGAAGCCGCCGAGGCAGAGAAGCGACGGUACCAGGAAAAGUACGAAAGUUUGGGCUUUGAGGUGGACGAGUGGAGGGCAAAACAUAAGCAGGCCAAAGAAGAGGCAAAUCGAGCACAGAACGUCCUCCAAAAAGAAAUCACCACCCUACGCGACGCCAAUAGAGCACUCACGCUGAAGCUGCGAGACAUCGAAGUGGCCAACGACGACUUUGAGAAGCAAGCACGCCAUCAGACGUCUUCUCUCGAAGACAUGGAGUCUAAAUAUAACAAGGCAAUCGAACGUGGUGUGCUGUUGGAAGAGGAAAUCAAAGCUGGCGAACAGGAACGCGAAAACUUACGCAUAGAAGCCCAGCGUCUCCGCGACGAGCUCAAUGACCUGAAGGUCGAGGCAGAAAUUACGCAAGAAAAGCUACGAUUGGCAGAGGAGACGAUCGAGGCGCUUCGUGCCGACAGGAAGCCCUCCGCACUUGCGAUCGAGAGUUUGAGGGCACCGAGUCCCAGCUCCGAUGCGGCGAGCACGAGUGCGACCACCAUAUCGAGCCCCACGAUUGCGACACCCCCUCCAAAGAGCGAGACGAGCACGGUGCAGACGUCGCCUCCGAGCCCACCGCUGAGCGAGACGAGUGCACAAGCUGUAAAACCACCACCGGUUACCCCGGCCAACAAGCGGACGUUGGAGUCGGGCACGACGUCGAAAACAAUGCACAGCGGCAUCAGACCGCCAAGGCACUCUCGGGGGCCGUCCAUACCCACAGCUUCCGCCGUUCGACAGCAGGGUCCCACAUCUGCGGCGCCGAAGCGGACAACGACACGCCCGUCGAUCAGCGGCAGAACAAGCAUGUCGGGUCUUCCUCAACCUACGUCUGGCCCGCCGCGCUCGGAAUCAUUACAUCAGCUCCGCGGUCUGCGAAAGAAGAUGGCCACGCUCGAGGAGCGUGUGCAGAGAGUACAUUCAAGGCUGCCUGCACCCACUACUACGCCCCCUCGUGCCAGUCCCCGCGCCGACAGAGAAAUACCUGCAAGCGUGACCGUCCGCUCGAACAGGAAGCGCCCGAGCGCGAGCACCUCCACCGCGGGAACCGAGUCAGGCCCCGCGUCAAGACUGAGCUUUGGCUUCAACCCCGACGCUGGCUCGCGGCCCUCUAGCAGAGCCAGCGUGACCCGGCCUUCAAGCAGAGCAAGCGGCAUAGCUCGGCCGCCCAGCCAGUCCAGCAUGCGAACCCCGAGCAGCCUGGGCUACCACCCGCAGCCGGAGCUGCGGCGACCCCGCAGCAGCAUAAGCGGCUCCUACGCGAGCACGCACAACGCCACGGCGGCGAACCCCUCGCUCGCGCGCUCGGAGAUGGGAACGAGCCGAAGCGGGACGCCCGGUCCCCGCCUCGGCCAUUCUUACAGCAACUCGAUCAUGAGCUCGAUCAAGACGACGGAGGACGAGGGCAGCGACGGCGGGAUCACGCCGACGGCGAGGAGGACCACAUUGGACAAGGGCGUGAGCGGGAUCCCGCUGCCUGGCGGCAGACGACAGAGCGCGGGCGUCGUACGGAGGCAAAGCGGUAUUGGGAGCGGAGACGGAGGGACGGGUCCCGGCGACAUGGGACCUCCCAGCAGCACGGCCAGAAGGGAGAGGAAGACGGGCGUGGACAUUGGGGAGACGUUUUGAACAUGCUUUUUUUUUCCCCCCCACUUGGGUGAUGGACUUCUCUGAGCGUGCGUGGCCGCAUGCGUUCACGGGGGGUGGUGGAGGGGGGGUUUUGGGUCAGUAGGGUGCCAGG